AUGUAAUCAGAUAAAAGCACAGAAUAAGUUAACAAUUUUGAAGGCUAUUCUCAAACAAAUAAUAUAAACAACGCUUUAAUUAAUAACCUGAAUGAAAGUUAAUCUAACUAAAAGAACAAAAUUAAAUCAUCAGGAAUAGAUUAAUAAUAAAAUUAAACUAAAUUGUUAAAAUAAAUAAAUAUGAUACCUAUUCCUUGUUAAAUUUAAAGACUAAAUCAAUUUAAUUCUUAGCCUUUAGCAUAGUUCCCUGUAUUAAAUAUAUAAUAGAUUCCAUUUUAUGGUCAUUUUAAUAAAAUAAUGAAUGAUUCCAAUGAAGAAGAAGAAAAACAAUAAGAGUUUGAAGUGUAAUAUGGAAAUCAAAAUGAUGAUUUUACCUCAGCAUAAAAAACCAAAAUUCUUUUAGAUUCAGAAUCGACUUAACCUACUUAAAAGAUCUAAUUAGACUUAGAAUAAGACCCAAUUAUUUAAUAUUAAAAGUCUUUUGAUGAAGCAACAUUUCUUAAAAAUUAAGGUAAUCAAUCUUUUAAAUAAUAAAAUUAUGUCAAAGCUAUAGAGUAAUAUAAUUUAGCUUCAGAAUAUUGUGAUCCUGAUUAUUUGAUUAGAUGUCCUCAAUAAUUAUUAGUAUAAUUUAAAAAAUUAAGAAUUUCAAUUUUUUUGCAUUUAAGUUCAUGUUAUUUGAACAUAGGAAAUCCAAAAUAAUGUAUAUAUCAUGCUAAUAUGGUAUUACUUUAAUUUUAAAUAGGUAAUCAAACUUGAUCCUUUAAAUCCAGAAGUAUGGUUCAAAAGAGCAUUAGCACAUUAAUAAUAAUUUGAUUAUGAAAAUGCCUAUAGAGAUAUAGAAGAAGCUUGGAAUCUAGUUAAAACUACAACUUAAGAUCCAGAAAUAUUUAAUAAAAGAAAAUAGAUUUUAUGUUAAAAAGAAAAUUUAACAGAGAGUUAACAAAUUAAAUAGUUAAGCUAUAAUGGAAAAAUAUCUAAAACAAAUUAAUCAGAAUCUAAAUAGAUAUUAAGCGAUUUUUAUAAAAAUUCUUCAUAUUCUUCUCGAUUUUUCCUUACAAAUAGAAAUUUUUGGAAUACAAAUAUUAUUUGGAAAAUAACAGCAUCAGCUAUUUUAGCAACUUGGAUGUCUUAAUAUUUCUUUUAGAAGAAAUUGUUAUCAAGAAAUGGUCUUAUUUAAGCUGUAAUAAUAAGAAUUUUAGCAACUUCAAGUUAGACAGCUGGAAAAAAAUGGCAAAAAUUAACUUUAGCUACUUUUACUUUAGGGGUUGUAGCAAUUGCAGCAAUUAUUUUCAAUAAGAAAAAAUAUUCAUGAGUGUUAUUAAUAAUAAAU